GCUCGUUGAUUUCAUCCCCCCCUCCCCCCCCGCGCGCCGUCCCUCUUUUCUUUUGCGCCGGGCGCACAUCUGGGACCCGCGGCGAAUGGUUUCCUGGCUUUACCGGGGAUGCGGACACCGCCGGGCUUUAGGUUUCUUUCCCCCACCCUUAAGGAAUGGAGACCUGUCAGUUCUCAUUAGCGCGCAUUCACGGUUGGGGACGGUCAUCGCAGGGGUGUGGUCAAGCAGCGAAGCGCCGGCUGGGCCCGAGAGUUUGCGCCUGCGCCCGGGUUGGGGAAUUUGUCGUGCUCGGGCAUUCCACCCCCCCCCCCCCCCCCCCGUCCCCCAGUGUUUAGAGAUCAGAGGGGGCACCCUCGCUUAGGGAUUGAGAGAGCGGGGAUCUGCUUGACAUUAGACCUGCACGGCCCUGGAGGGUGGCCGCUGGCCUCUCGGGACUGUGGAGCACUUGGUGUGUGGCUAGACCCAGGUCGAUCGUUUAGAAAGUGGAUGUGCGGGGUAACAUGUCCAGUGUGUCCGAAGAGAGAAGAAAAAGGCAGCAGAACAUUAAGGAAGGACUGCAGUUUAUCCAGUCACCGCUGUCAUAUCCAGGGACACAGGAACAAUAUGCGGUAUAUUUACGUGCUCUUGUGAGAAAUCUUUUUAAUGAAGGAAAUGAUGUUUAUCGGGAACACGAUUGGAACAGCUCGAUAAGCCAGUACACAGAAGCUCUGAAUAUAGCUGGUUAUGCAAAGUCGGAAGAAAUUGUCAUCCCUAAAGAAAUAAUUGAAAAACUGCAUAUAAAUCGUAUUGCUUGCUAUUCUAAUAUGGGUUUGCACGAUAAAGUUUUAGAAGACUGUGACACAGUGCUCAGUUUAAAUGCCAGUAACUGCAAAGCUCUGUAUCGGAAAUCUAAGGCUCUCAGUGACUUAGGAAGAUACAGAGAGGCUUAUGACUCCGUAGCAAAGUGCUCCUUGGCGGUGCCUCAGGAUGAACAUGUGAUCAAACUAACUCAAGAACUAGCUCAGAAAUUGGGAUUUAAAAUACGAAAAGCGUAUGUUAGGGCUGAGCUCGCGUUAAAAUCCGUUCCUGGGGACGGGGCUACCAAGGCUUUGAGCUGUUCUGUGGAAGAUAUCGAGCCAGAUUUGUUAACUCCGAGGCAGGAAGCAGUUCCUGUCGUCUCUGUGCCUGCGUCCAGUUUCUCCCACCAAGUCGGAAGUGAGCUGGCCUCAGUUCCUAUCAUGCCCUUACCCUCUAUGCUGCCCCUGCAAGUGGACGAGAGCCCCCUGCCAUCGGCGGUGUUGGCAAAUGGAGGAAAGGCCCCCUUCAGCAUGCCGGAACCUUUUCUGGAUGACGGAGAUAUGGUCCUCGGCGAUGAAAUAGAUGACCUUCUUGAUUCGGCACCUGAGGCCAAUGAAACUGUUAUGCCGUCAGCUUUAGUCCGAGGAGCCCUUCCCUCAGCCAGUGUCCCCCCUAGCAUGCCUUUCUCGGCAUCUCUGUUGGGCACCUUGCCCAUUGGUGCGAGGUAUGCCCCUCCGCCCUCCUUCUCAGAACUGUAUCCACCUUUGACCUCAUCCUUGGAAGAUUUCUGCUCUUCUUUGAGUUCAUUUUCAAUGAGUGAUUCCAAGCGAGAUGUGCCCACCUCAACUUCUAGAGAGGGAACAGCGCUUAGCGGCAGUAAUUCCUCCCUUUUACUUAUGAAUGGACCAGGCAACUUGUUUGCUUCUGAGAGUUUCCUGGGAAUUUCAAGCCACCCUAGAAAUGACUUUGGAAACUUCUUUGGAAGCACAGUUACUAAACCACCUUCAUCCGUGACCCCAAGACACCCCCUUGAAGGAACCCAUGAACUGAGACAAGCUUGUCAGAUGUGUUUUGUAAAAUCAGGCCCUAAGUUAAUGGAUUUCACUUACCAUGCUAAUGUAGAUCAUAAAUGUAAGAAAGAUAUUUUAAUUGGUAGAAUAAAGAAUGUUGAAGAUAAAUCAUGGAAAAAAAUACGCCCAAGACCAACAAAAACAAAUUAUGAAGGACCUUAUUAUAUAUGUAAAGAUGUUGCUGCUGAGGAGGAAUGUAGAUAUUCAGGCCACUGCACAUUUGCUUAUUGCCAAGAAGAGAUAGAUAUCUGGACACUGGAGCGGAAAGGGGCGUUCAGCAGAGAGGCUUUCUUUGGUGGCAAUGGAAAGAUCAACCUCACUGUAUUCAAACUUCUCCAAGAGCAUCUUGGAGAGUUUAUAUUCCUCUGUGAGAAAUGUUUUGAUCAUAAGCCUAGAAUGAUAAGUAAAAGAAAUAAAGAUAAUUCUACUUCUUGUUCUCACCCGGUUACAAAGCAUGAGUUUGAAGACAAUAAGUGCCUUGUCCACAUCUUGCGAGAGACAACGGUAAAAUACUCCAAAAUACGUUCUUUUCAUGGUCAGUGUCAGCUUGAUUUAUGUCGCCAUGAGGUCCGGUAUGGCUGCUUAAGGGAAGAUGAGUGCUUUUAUGCGCAUAGUCUUGUAGAACUGAAAGUCUGGAUACUGCAAAAUGAAACCGGUAUCUCACACGAUGCCAUCGCUCAAGAAUCUAAACGAUACUGGCAAAAUCUGGAAGCCAGCGUACCUGGGGCUCAGGUACUUGGCAACCAGCUAAUGCCUGGAUCUCUUAAUAUGAAGAUAAAAUUUGUGUGUGCUCAGUGUCUGAGAAAUGGUCAAGUCAUUGAACCAGACAAGAACAGAAAAUAUUGUAGUGCAAAAGCAAGGCACUCGUGGACCAGAGAUCGGCGCGCGAUGAGAGUGAUGUCCAUCGAACGUAAGAAGUGGAUGAACAUUCGUCCUCUCCCCACAAAGAAACAAAUGCCUUUACAGUUUGAUCUGUGCAAUCAUAUUGCUUCCGGGAAGAAGUGUCAGUAUGUUGGGAACUGCUCGUUUGCUCAUAGCCCCGAGGAGCGGGAAGUGUGGACGUACAUGAAGGAGAACGGCAUACAAGAUAUGGAGCAGUUUUAUGAGCUCUGGCUAAAGAGUCAAAAAAAUGAAAAAAGCGAUGAUGUAGCCAGUCAAUCAAACAAGGAGAACGGAAAACAAAUCCACAUGCCGACAGAUUACGCUGAAGUUACUGCCGACUUUCACUGCUGGAUGUGUGGGAAGAACUGCAACAGUGAGAAGCAGUGGCAAGGCCACAUCUCCUCGGAGAAGCACAAGGAGAAGGUGUUCCACACCGAGGACGAUCAGUACUGCUGGCAGCACCGCUUUCCGACAGGGUAUUUUAGUGUUUGCGAUAGGUAUAUGAACGGCACCUGCACAGAAGGAAGCGGCUGUAAGUUUGCACACGGCAACGCCGAGCUCCACGAGUGGGAAGAGCGGAGGGACGCCCUAAAGAUGAAGCUCAACAAAGCAAGAAAAGAUCACUUAAUCGCCCCAAAUGAUAAUGACUUUGGAAAAUAUAGUUUUUUGUUUAAAGAUUUAAACUAAUAUGCUGGCUUUUAUGUAUGUUACCUAAUCAGAGCAUCGACCAGAAAAAAAUGGAAAGUGUUCUCAGGCACGUGGCAGAGAAGCCGCAGACUUUCUGCUUGUAUUGGCGUCUAUCGUACCUCCUGAGCAGCAACCCACAGUAGGUAGGAAAACGGGCUGUUUGACAGGUCUGGCCAUGCUCUCGUGGCAUCAUUGGCAUCGCAUGGCGAAGUGACCGCUACCCGGUUGCCAUCUGUUGAACAGACUUUUGGAUGAAGCGUGUUGGGGAAGAGGAUGAGGUUGUGUCUAAGACGACUCCUUGAGUUGGUCCUUUGGAUCAGAACCGCGGCGGUGAGAGAGUAGACACUAGGGCCAGAAUACAUGAUGGAUGAAAUUCUUCACAGGUUUGAAACGGAACGACUUUGUUUAAUAUAAUAAAGUUUGCUACUUAUCUGUACGUAGGUUGCUAAAAAGGAUUUUCUUAACUCAGAUUUUAAGCCAAAUAACCAUUUAACACUAGUACAUGUUAAAUGGGGUAUUUUUCUGUAUUUGUAUGUUUCACUAUAAUAAGGGAACUAAGGAUAAUGUGCAUUGAGAAUAUUUUGAAAAAUAAUCAGUCGACUCAAAUUUUAUUUCUUGGUCUUUUGCUGUUUAAACGAUGAUUUUGAAAGAUUACACUUGUACUGUUGGUAUUGUGUAGUGUAUGGACCAAUAUUGCCUGUAAUAAACAUUUUAUAUAUAGAGGU